UUACUUAGGACGACUUUUCCAUGGAUUUGAGUCGUGUUCAUUGUAAGUGUCGUUGACGGUGUUGAUGGUAGUGUCUUCACGGCUCCUCAACUUUCAAUAUUUAUACCCAACAAUAACAAAAUGGGAAUUCUUAUUGACAGUGCGAUAAUGACAGGCUCAAUGCUGAUAUUCUUCAUAGGUGGAUGGAUGUGGUUUGUCAAGAAGAUCUUCCGGGAUUAUGAGGUCCACAAUACCUUAGUACAACUGUUCUUCCCAAUGAUCUUCAUGCUUUCAUGUGCUAUGUUUGAGCUUAUUAUCUUCGAAAUUGCUGCAGUUCUGGAGUCAGGGUCUCGUUAUCUCUACUGGCAGGUGGUUCUUUACUCAAUGCUGAUAAUGCUUAUCUUGGUCAUACCAUUUUAUCUAUGCCACUUCGCUGUUUCAAACAUUAGAAUGGGUAAGUUUAAUAUUUAAAAGUGUGAACCUAAC